AUGGAACGGAAUACUCCAUUGCUUUAUCUCUAUGGCAAUCCCAACCUCGAUCGGAAUGAACCGGCUAAGGUGCGCAUAGUGUAUAGUCGCGAAAGGAUUGACACCAACAAUGACGGCGCUGAGGGCGAGUGGAUUUGCAAAGUGUGCAGCGUCAACAAUUAUGCAACUCGAAUCCGUUGUUUUCGUUGCCAGGCUUUUCGAGCAGACGCUCCUAACCGUGGCAUGCAGAAGGCAGCCAAUAUUGGGGACAACGAUGCCUCUCCAGACAAUACUCCAUCCCAAUUUCUCCUCCUCCGUGGCCUCGAACCUUCUGUGACAGAAGAACUCCUAGUCAAGGGUGUGGCCAAGUUGUACAAGCCGUCAACCUCGAACGCCUUCAGCAACCAACCGAAUAAAAAGGGAGCCAAAGUCGCAUCCACUACGGGCGAUGCCAACCGGGGUGCAAGACAAGGUACACUACGCCGUGUGUUGCUGGUCAGAGAUCGACGAAGCAAUGAAAGCUGGCGAUUUGGCUUUGCUGAAUUUGCCACGGUAGAGGAUGCGAUGGCCGCAUUGACUCGGUACAACUCUUUUGACAAAUUUACUAUUGCUUCCAAGCCAGUGCUUGUGAGUUAUGUUCACUCUGGGGUUUUCGUACCUGUAUUGAACCCUGGGGUCGUGGACCCUCGAUAUACAUUCGCUCCAUUGGCCAAUCCAUCACUCAAAAUUGCCUAUUGGGAUGAAGAUGCAUACGUUGCAGAAUUCAAAGUAUUCGAUGGUGAAAGCGAGUCUGCAAAUAUCCAACCCAAGGAAGACUUGGUCAGCGCACCAGAUUCCAAAGAGACUACAAAAUCCAAGAAACGAAAGGCAGAAAUAACCGCUAUGGAUAUUUCUACAGCCAAGAAAGCUGCCCCAUCCUAUCUUCAACGUUGGAGUAAUCAGCACGCUGAGCUUCAUGGCCUGGAACAAAAACCAAUAAUUACCCAGUCUGACGACGCGCUCACCAGUGCCGACACAAGACCGUCAUCCGAACCGUCUCCAGUUCCGCCCAUGCAGUCUUUUGCAGACCCCAACAGGCAUUGCUGUUAUCUCUGUUCCCGCCAAUUCAAGACGGCAGCCGAAGUCAACAAGCACGAACGGCUCAGCAAUUUGCACCAGACCAAUCUCAAGAACGAAGAGCAAUUGACCAAGGCGAGGGCUAAGUUGGAGAAACAUGGAAUCACAAUCCAAUCUCAACUAUCGACGACUGAAUACCGAGAUCGCGCAAAAGAAAGAAGGAAAGCUUUCGGAGUCGUCAACAAGAAAGGUCAAUCGGUUCCACCUUCAAAGUCGUCAUCCGACACCGGCAAAUAUACCGGCUUCGACAAAGAUGCUGAGGACGAUAAUGUGCUCGCGUCAAAGGGUGCAUCCCUCCUGGCCAAGAUGGGGCACGUGGCCGGUGCGGGCCUCGGUGCCAGCGGGACCGGUCUCACGGCGCCGAUAGCUCAAGAUAUAUAUGCGGCGGGGGUUGGAUUGGGUGCUCAGGGCGGGAAGGUGGGGGAUGCGGUGGUAGAGGCGGAGAGGAAUACCAAGGGGGAUUAUGGGGAUUUUCUUGCCAAGACCAGGGAGGGGGCUAGAGAGAGGUAUGAGAGAUUGGGCUGA